UUUGCGUUACAAAAUUCAAACCUUUCAUAUAAGCACCUCAUUUCACUCUCUCUACAGAUCGGCGCUCGUCUAAUCCUUUUUCCCCCUUUUCAGGGAUGGCGAAUCGCACAGACCCACUAGCGAAGAACAUUCAUGGCACGAAUCCACAGAACCUGGUGGAGAAAAUCUUGAGGUCAAAGAUUUACCAAAACACUUAUUGGAAAGAGCAAUGUUUUGGACUCACGGCCGAAACCCUAGUUGACAAAGCAAUGGAACUCGACCACCUCGGCGGCACAUUUGGUGGUAAUCGAAAACCCACUCCAUUCAUGUGUCUCGUCAUGAAGAUGCUCCAGAUUCAACCUGAGAAAGAUAUUGUCGUUGAAUUUAUCAAGAACGAAGACUACAAGUAUGUAAGAGUGCUUGGAGCAUUUUAUUUGCGUCUUACAGGGACAGAUGUGGAUGUCUACCGUUACUUGGAACCAUUAUACAAUGAUUACAGGAAAUUGAGACAAAAGUUACCUGAAGGAAAAUACAGUUUGACACAUGUUGAUGAACUCAUUGAUGAACUUUUGACGAAAGACUAUUCCUGCGAUAUUGCAUUGCCACGCAUAAAGAAAAGAUGGACACUUGAAACCAUUGGUUCACUUGAACCAAGGAAAAGUGCUCUCGAAGGAUUUGAAGAGGAAGAAGAGAAAGAAGAGGAGGAAGCUGCUGAAUUGGAUGCUGGGACUUAUGAAAAGAGGGAUUACCAUCAUGGGAGAAGUCCUACAAAGGAAAGAGAGAGGGAUAGAAAACGAGACAGUCACAGGCACAGGGAUCGUGACUACGAGAGGGACAGGGAUUACGAUAGGGAUCGAGGCAGAGUUCGGGACUAUGAGAGGGACAGGGAUUACGAUAGGGAUCGAGGCAGAGACAGGAACCGGGAGAGAGAUAGGGAUAGGGACAGGGAUCACCACAGGGCGAGGGAUCAGGAAUAUGACCGUGAAAGGGGGGAAGUAGUAGAGAGAGAAGGGAGAGAGCGGGACAGGCGCGGGAGGAGAAGGAGUCCAUCAAGGAGUCGGAGUCGUGAUCGGAAAAGACAUGCCCGAACCAGUGUUAGCCCUAGGAGACGCGGGUGGGGAGAAGAACCGAAGACAAAGAAGAAGAAGGAGAAGAAGGUUCUGAAGGAUGAUGGGACGGAUCAUCCUGAUCCUGAAAUUGCGGAAAUGAACAAGCUUCGAGCUAGUCUCGGCAUGAAACCAUUGAAGUAGUCAAUGUUGUUGUUGGUUUUUCUGCAACUAUAGAAUUGAGUGAACUCUUUUUUCUUAUAUUGAAGGAGAGUUAGUUUGAAACUUGUAAUGAAAUGGGGAGAAGCAACUUCACAAUAUAAAUCAUUCUGUAUACUUUGAAAUUGCUUUUAUAUCUUUUAGUAGUUGCUCAA